GAUCUUCUUUCUCACACCUGCAGCUACUCACAGUGAAGCUUUACAGACACUUGGCAUAUGUGGAGUCGAUGGAGCCUAUUAAUUCCAGCGAAUGGUUUUUCAGUUAACUAAUGAAAAGCACAUUUCACACAAUGUUCCCAAAUCAAGGCCCGCGAGCAUCAAAACAAGCCACUGCUCCAUCUCUGCGAGCACCAACAACUAUCAAGAGAAGGGAACGGGCCCAAACACUGCCUUACUAUGCAUCUGCAAUACAAACACCAUCAUGUGUUUGUAGUAUAAUUACAUUUUGAUUAUGUUCUGGUGCAACGUGUUUUUGAAUUAAUGAAAGGCUGCAUUUAUAAAUAACAAGCAAGUGGUUCGGGUGGGCAGCGGGGCAUCAUGUGCUGAAUGCUAAAGUCAGAUGUUAAAGAAAUGCAAACACACUAAAUAAAUCCAGAGGUUGGUUGUGAUCACAGCCCUGACCUGAUGCAGGAGCCCGUCACCUACAGCAUCCGCUACAGUUUAGUUUAGGGGCCUGAUGGUUUAGUGGGCGGAGCCUCGGCCUGUGAUGCAGAACCCCAGGGAAUGGGUCAGUGCAAUGCAAUUCCCCCACUGUGGGACUAACGAAGGGGGCCUAAAUUUAUGUAACUAGACAGAGAAGAUGGAGCAUCUUUUCAGCUACGUCCCAUGUGCAGAACAGGCGGAACAGCCAGAACCAGCUCACGACUGCAGGAGCGUGCGAGUCGUGAGUCCUGCUCAAGAGAAGGACCACGUGUGCAUGUGAACCAGACAAGAACACAGGCAACCAGUGUCGAUCUGCACCAUGAAGACCAGACUAGGCUGCCUGUCCCGCAAAUCCGACUCCUACAGCGACUUCUCCGAGUUUCUGCCUCCCGCCCACGAAACCACGGCCAGGUGUCUGAAACUUUCAACGGAUGAGGUUGUGCGAUGGUCUGAAUCCUUUGAUCACCUGCUCGCUCACAAAUAUGGCCUCGCCGCCUUCCGGACUUUUCUCAAGACAGAGUUCAGCGACGAGAAUAUCGAGUUUUGGAUGGCCUGCGAGGAGUACAAGAAAAUCAAGAGCUCCACCAAACUCGUCUCAAGAGCCAACAAGAUCUUCAAGGAGUUCAUCGACGUUCAGGCACCGAGGGAGGUCAACAUUGACUACCGCACCAGAGAAAAGACCAAGCAGAGCCUGGAGGACCCCACUCCAACCAGCCUCAAUGAAAUCCAAGCCAAGGUGUACAGCCUCAUGGAGAAGGACUCCUACCCGCGGUUCCUCAGGUCCAAGAUGUACCAGGACUUAGUGAGCAGGGCGCACGCCCAGGGCCAGCGGAGGUCUGUCUGACCACGUCUGCUGCUGCGGACAAGGACCCGGACUUCUCCUGUAAACACAAACCCUUUGACAUCACCUCUGAAUACUGUGAAUUGAAAGGUUGGCUAACAUGCCUGACUGUUCCCUUUGUCUACACCAGCUCCAUGCAUGCGACUAGAUAAGAUGUGUGGCAUGAGGACGAGCUAAUGACGUUACCUCUUAGUGCUGGUGAUGCCUGAAAUCAAAUCAAACGACUGUUUACGUGGUAACACUAUCUGCAAUAUCUUUGUGCUCUUUUUUUGUGGGGGGGUAGGGACACACUCUGUCAGGAAGUUAGCUACAAUUAGACACAACUUUGUCCUCCUUUAUGAGAAUAGUUGGUGGUUGGUUGGACUCACCUUAUUCUUGUCGAUUGCACCUUAACUGCCCAGAACGUUCCGCUCAGUUCUGCAGAUUGAAGUUGUUGUAUGCGUUGUGUGCACUAUUCCUGCUUCUCCUCUGUCCUUUGUGAAAUAGACACUUUCUCUCGAUUGGGGUUUGUUGUCGUAGCUCGUUCACAACUGAGUAAGUGAACACUUCAUAUUUAAAACUGUGCCAAAUAGUUUGCACUUCUACCUUGGUGAACCUACAUGCUGUCAUCCUGUGUGUCAUAUUUGUUGUGUGAUGAUAAACAGGGCUUGGUUCUUCUUUCAUUUGAAUUAUGUACACAUUUGUACCCAUGUUCUGUUGAAAUGUCCUUUUAUCUCAUUCAAAUUGUUAGAUCGAUACUUUGUUGAGCUGCUUUUGAAAAUCAAGAAAAUUAUUCGCUCCAAGUUCUGACUCAAAGGAAAUUAAGUUUCUAAAAUUAGACUUGGAGUCGAUAACAUGAUUAAUUUGGAAACUUGUGCCCGAAAAUUAGCAGCUAUUGCUUCAUUAGUCUGAAUAUUAAACCUUCGUGUAUUACAUUUAGUGACAGCUCAACCCUGACUGUUUGAGUGGUGCACAUUUUCAUUAUUUUAUUAUCUUUCAGCAUGAUGCAAUGAUCAGAACACUUACAUAUCCUUUGACUUGUACAAUACGAUGUGAAAAAGCCUGCAAAUAACCUAAAUGUUGUGAGAAAAUGAAAUCCUCACCUUUACUGUAGUCACUUUGAAUCAGCUGACUGAGGACCUACGGUUACGUUCACAUUACACUCCCACUUAUUGUUUCUCACAGGUUUGAACAAACCGAGGCUACAUAGGAAAAUGUUCAUAUCAGAUGACACCUCGUUGGAACCCGUGCAACGGGCAGCACUGCCCACACACAUGCAGCAUAGGGGAAUGUCGCACUUUACUUGCUCCUCACAUGGGACCUGACGGAGCAGCAGGACCUGUAAUGUGAACGCAGCCAAACGUAGUUUUAGUGCAUGUUCAUGUACAGUGUAGGUCAAACGGUCUGAGCUGGAACUAAGUGGCUAAAGAACAAAUACUGUAAGCGUCUAUGGCGUGGUGCUGUGCUCCUCCCUCGGCCCAGCUGCAUUUGUGAUUAAAGACAAACCUGCAUCCA